AUGAUAAAGCAUGAUACCACGGACUCGGCGAUGCAGCCAACCAUCCUGUCCAUGGAAGUGGAUGAUGACGAUUCUUACCAAAGCGAAUAUCGAGUGCGAAUCGGCAACCAGGUAAAAUAUCUCGUCGUUGCUCCCGGAACCUUUGACAGGGACACCCUUUCGUUACCCCUCGGAUCCUUGCCCCGGUUGCCUUGCGACGAGGAAUGGACCGUGGCCUACAUCUCUCGUGACAAAACCAGCGGUGGUUUGAAAACGUCCCUGACGAACCAUACGUUGGCCGGCGUCGAGAAUCAGUGGCACCACACCACGGUAGAUUGCUUCGAGUUGGAAAGAACCAAGCAGAUCACAGGAGCGGCAUUCGAAGCCAUCUGCCAUUCCGUCGUUCCGGUCAACUUCUCAUCGGCAACCCCCAUCAUUGUCAAGAUGGCCCGGUUUGAAUGGGAGGUGCCACGCAUCGAACAAGAAACGAGAGCAUAUCAGCUGCUGGAAGGCUCCGGGUUGGCUCCACGCUUCCUCGCUCAUGUGCACGAGAAUGGACGCGUCAUCGGCUUCCUGUUGGAGAAAUUGGAAGGAAGAUUUGCUUCGCUGCACGAUCUGGACAACUGCAAAGCAGCGCUGGGGAAACUGCACCGUCUAGGGCUUCUGCAUGGAGACGUAAACAGGUAUAACUUUCUCGUGACGGACGACGGGGUGAAACUCGUCGAUUUUGAAAACUCUCAGGAGGACCCUGACCCAGAGUUGAUGAGGAAUGAAUUGAAGAGUUUGCCUGCCAAGUUGGUGGAUGAGUCGGGACUUGGCGGCGGCUUCAUUUUCACAGGCGAUGAUGUAUAA